AUUCCUCAAGAGCUGCUGUCUGCCACCAAUUCUCUCCCUCCACAUCCCCAAAGAUAUCGAAAUAUUGGGAGUAUUCAAUUCCAAUUACUGUUGUGGUGCCAUGCCAAUCCACCUGGCAUUCUCAUUUGGGCCGAUACACAGCACAUCACACUCCCAUCUCUUUCCAAGGAAGAAUUGAGGGCUUAACAGGAGAUACACACAUCCACAAAAUAGGGACCAUGCUUGGCUGCUGUGACAUUAGGUUGCACUGCGAACACGUAUCUUAGAGAACUGAAGCUGUUUCUUUGACAGGAAAGCUUAGCGCUGCAGCCUUGUCCACAUAUCUCGGAGCCAUGUUUCUUAAAUCUUGACAAUAUGAAGUCUCCCGGGUUGCAGAGAUCAAAGGAGCAAACUGCAGGUAUCAGCUCAUUCUUGGGUAUCUCAAGAAAUUGUGUCAACUGAAACUAUGAUGAAUGUUACCGAAGGACUCACUUCGUAGGAUACAAGAAGUCUGCAGAAGACCGUUCAUAGCUUCCUGCUGAUGAUGGAAAGCUGGACAAAUGCUUCGAUAAGGCUAGCUGAAUCACUGCAGAUUAAAAGCAAACAUGCUUGAGGAACAACAUUAAACUGUAAGUGGAGAGUUCUUUAAAUUAAACAGAACUACAGAACAAGAAGAUAAAAGAAAUGUGAACAAAGAGAGCCACAAAUGAAUCUACAUGUUAAAUCGCUGGAGUUUAUUUUGUCUCAUUUUUACCAUUUAUGAGACAACUGUUUGCAAUAAUCUAGCAGAGGCCACAUUCAAUAUAAUUCAAAAAUACACAUUUAUAUUGUAUUGCUAUGCAAAUGAAGAAUCAUUUUUGUUGAUGCCUAAAAUGUUGCUCCUCCCAGGAUAAGCAUUUCUCCUGCAAAUAGCCUAAACCCAUCCUUGCCUAGAAUAGUAUCUAAGAUACCAUCCACAACCUCGGCCUGGAGAAUUAAGACAGUGGAGGCAUCACCCUUGGCUAUCUUUAGACAGUAAAUUUCUCGACAACAAUUGGGAAGGAGCCAAAAAUUUAUGGCCUUACAUUCAAAGAACUAGAAAAACAACAUGAAUUGCCUCUACCUCUGCUUCUGUCUCUGCAGGUUCCAAUCGCACCUGCCAAGAGGCAUGGAUUUUGGUCCUUGCCCUUUCUUAUGUGAUGUCUUAUGGAGGGAAGAAACACUCGGAGAGAUGUGCUUUGUGUAUCAAUAAUUUGAUCACAUUGUUGUCAUCUCCAUUUCAAGCAGAAAGAUAUGGAGAAGAAAGGAACCAUACUGAUGCGCCGCUACGAGAUUGGAAGAUUGCUUGGGCAGGGCAGCUUUGCAAAGGUAUACCAUGCUAGGAGGUUGGCUUCAGGCCAGAAUGUCGCCAUUAAGGUCAUCAACAAGGAGAAGGUGACGCGCGUGGGAAUGAUUGAACAGAUAAAAAGGGAGAUCUCAAUUAUGCGCCUCGUUCGCCAUACAAAUAUCGUGCAGCUUUAUGAGGUCAUGGCCAGCAAGAGCAAGAUCUACUUUGUGAUGGAGUAUGUCAAAGGUGGUGAGCUCUUCAACAAGGUUGCAAAAGGAAGCCUCAAAGAGGAUGCUGCAAGGAAAUAUUUUCAGCAACUGAUUGGGGCAGUUGAUUUCUGUCACAGCCGCGGUGUCUACCACCGCGAUCUCAAGCCCGAGAACCUCCUCAUCGAUGAGAAUGGAAACCUUAAGGUGUCGGACUUCGGACUGAGUGCCCUCAAAGAGUCACAGAGGCAAGAUGGUCUACUCCACACGCUAUGUGGUACACCAGCCUAUGUUGCUCCCGAGAUCAUCAACAAAAAGGGUUAUGACGGCGCGAAGGCAGAUAUAUGGUCCUGCGGAGUAAUCCUCUAUGUUCUAUUGGCAGGCUACCUACCAUUCCAUGACUCAAACCUAAUUGAAAUGUACAGAAAAAUAACAAAAGGGGAGUUUAGGUUCCCUCAUCGGUUCCCUUCCGAUGUCCGAAAGCUCCUCACCAGACUCCUUGACCCCAAUCCCAACACUCGAAUCACAAUUGAGAUGUUGGUAGAGAAUCCAUGGUUUCGAAAAGGAUUCAAGCCGGCGGUGGCACCAACCCCAUCAGAAAGUUUGAGCAACCUGAAAGAUGUGAUUUCAGCUUUCAGCAUUGAGAUCAACAAUGAUGAUCGCACUCAGAAAGCAGAAAUGUCUGAGCCCAUGAAACCUACCAGCCUAAAUGCAUUUGACAUCAUCGCUCUGUCCCCAGGAUUUGAUCUUUCAGGGCUCUUUGAGACGGGAAAUAGAGAAAAGCAGGAGGCCAGAUUUACAACCCAGAAGCCAGCUUCGGCAAUAGUGUCAAAGCUUGAAGAGAUUGCUGAAAUGGAGCAUUUCAAGGUAAAGAAGAAGGACGGAUUGGUCAAGUUAGAGGGAAGAAAAGACGGAAGGAAAGGGCAACUUGCAAUUGAUGCAGAGAUUUUUGAGGUCACACCUGCAUUUUAUGUUGUUGAGGUAAAGAAAUCAUCCGGAGACACAAUGGAGUACCAGAAAUUCUGCAACCAAGAUCUUAAACCUUAUCUCAAGGACAUUGUAUGGGCUUGGCAAGGAACAGAUCAGCACCAGCUACCACCUCUGCCACCAGCACCUCAGCCAAACUUAAUGUCUGGCCCUGUCUCCUGAGACAUGAAUCCAACUUUAUCUUUUUUUUUCUUGGUUCUGAUUUUGCAGCUCUUAAGAACAAGAUCUGCUCUCGUAAGCAUCACAUUCUGGUAUCCUGGUUAAUUUCCAUGUGAAUUUCCACUGAAACAACAGCAUCAUAGAGACUCUCUUUAUGACUCCAGAGAUGUGCGGUGCAUCAUCCAAGGAUCUAUUGUAUAGCAAGCACAGUUAAGCCACUCAUCUGUGCUCUACAUACUUUCUCCUUUAUAUAUGUAUGGCAAGUACAGAUAAAUCUUCCAUUUGUGCUCUAUAUAAUUUUUUGCUUUCAGAUGUAUCAUAGAUGAUACAUUCACAGUGCUAAAUGCUAUAAACUUCUUUUUAUAAUACCAGCUACUAUUUCAUUUGCA